UCCCAUGUUUUAACCACAGAGCUCCCGUCCCCAUCUAGUUCCCCUUCACCAUCUUCCCACACUACCCUCUGCCAUGGUAACUGUCCUGGCACUUUGAAAAAUCUUAAUUUUUUCAUGAUGUAAAGAGGUUUCACCUGUGGAUUAUAAGGGGGACAAACAACAUUUAUUGAGGGCCUUAACAUCAACUGGGUGGAACCAUUCCAAUAGGACUACGCAGGCAAAACUACAAGAACUGAAGUAACUACAGCAAACCCCACUGAAGGAACAGAGCCCACAUCUUGUGCCAGUAUGGACCGCCAGAAUGCAGAAGUUGUACAGUCAACCUCUCCUAAAAUUACAAGCCAUGGUUUCAUGAGAGUCUUAAGCCACCCAGCACAAUGGCUGAUCAUCAUCACUCUUCUGAUAUCUUGGUCAACAGCUGGCAUUCUCUUGUUUGACUUUGUGAGUCCCGACCAGCUAACUACUUUUCAAGAUAUACGUGCUGAUCCCAUGGUAGCGCUGAACAAAGCUGUUGAGGGCAUUGCAGACAGAAUGAGCAACAUUCUUACUGAUACCCAUAAGUAUGUUCCAAAUGUGAUCUUUGAUCCAGUGGGUGCUGUUAUCAAGUGGUCUGACACGUCUGUGGCUUUCCUGUCAGGAAUAACAUUACUUGGUGACGUAAAUGAAGGAGUCAUUGGGUUCCUUAAACUUGGUAGUGGUGCAUUAGAUGACAUGAAUGAUUUGCUUAGGACCCUGGUUGGCUAUCUGUUCCAUUUGUUUGAAGAUCUAUUGAAUGCUGCAAUCAUCCAUCCACUACAAAUAGCCAGCAAAGCAGCUGCAGAUAUUUCAAACAAAGCCAAGGCCUCCUCAGACUCUCUCUUAAACAGAUUCCAGGGUUUUGAAGGUGCCAUUCCUGACAUUAACUUUGAUCCACUAAAAGUUGUCAUAGACACUGCUGAGGAAUUUGCUGACAGGAGAGACAUGUUAUUGGCCUAUGUCUCUAAUGUCCUGGUGCAAGAUAAAGAUGAUACGCCACAUGUCAUCCGAAGAAAAGGAGAAUUUCUGCCACCUAUGGAAAAAGUUCUGGAACAAAAAAGAAUAGCCAUAGAGAAAAGAGCUCGGGAGGAGGCAUACAGGAUCCUUCAAGAUAUGAGAGCAGGAACGGCUGCCAGAAUCGCAGAGGACAUUCAAGCACAAAAAAAUGAGAAAAAAACAGAGAAAGAGAAGGAACAAGGAAAGGAAAACGUGGAAACAACCACACAAAGCCCUAGACCAAAAGAAAAACUUAAAGAAGAAAUAACUGUGACCGCAAAACUUAAAGAGCCAGAUAUAAAAAAGGAGAUUAAACCAAAGCUUGCCAAGAAAGGGGCUGAAGUUACCAAGGAGAAGGUUAGACCAGUCCCAGUCAAGAAAGAACCUGAUGCUCUGAAGGAAAAGCCAAUAGUUGAACCUACACCAAAGAAAGAGGCUGGAGCCAAGGAGAAAGCUAAACGAGCUCCAGCGGAGGAGGCUGAAGUUACCAAGGAGACGGUUAAACCAGUUCCAGUCAGGAAAGAAGCUGAACCUGCUCCAAAACAUAAGCCUGCUGAGAAGAAAGAGGCUGAAGUUGCCAAGGAAAAACCUAAACUAGUCGCAGUGAAGAAAGAACCUGACACAGCUCCCAAAGAAAAGGCAAAACCUGAACCUGCUCAGAAAAAAGAGGCUGAAAUUUCCAAGGAGAAGGUUAAACCAGCCCUAGUGAAGGAGGCUGAAUUUCCCAAGAAGAAAGUUAAACCAGUCUCAGUCAAGAAAAUACCUGAAACGGCACCAAAAGAAAAGGCAAAACCUGAACCUGCUCCAAAAAAAGAGCCUGAAGUUGCAAAGGAGAAGGUUAAAUCAGUCCCAGUAAAGAAAGAACCGGAACCUGUUCCAAAGGAAAAGACAAAGCCUGAAACUGUUCCUAAAGAAGCUGAAGUUUCCACAGAGAAGGCUAAACAUAUCCCAGUCAAGAAAGAACCUGAAGCAGCAGCAAAAGUAAAGGCUAAACCUGAAUCUACUCCAAAAGAAAAGGCUAAACUUGAACCAAAGAAAGAGGAUGAUGUUUCCAAGGAGAAGGUUAAACAAGUCCCAGUCAAGAAAGAACCUGAACCUGCUCCAAACGAAACAGCAAAACUUGAACCUGCUCUAAAGAAAGAGACAGAAGUUGCAAAGGAGAAAGCUAAACCUGUACAUGUCAAGAAAGAACCUGAACCUACUCCAAAGGAAAAGACAAAACCUGAGCCUGCUCCAAAGAAAGAGGGUGAAGUUUCCAAGAAGAAGGUUAAACCAAUUCCAGUCAAGAAAGAACCUGAAGCUGCUCCAGAAGAAAAGGCAAAACCGGAACCUGCUCUGAAGAAAGAGGCUGAAGUUACCAAGGAGACGGUUAAACCAGUUCCAGUCAGGAAAGAAGCUGAACCUGCUCCAAAACAUAAGCCUGCUGAGAAGAAAGAGGCUGAAGUUGCCAAGGAAAAACCUAAACUAGUCGCAGUGAAGAAAGAACCUGACACAGCUCCCAAAGAAAAGGCAAAACCUGAACCUGCUCCAAAAAAAGAGCCUGAAGUUGCAAAGGAGAAGGUUAAAUCAGUCCCAGUAAAGAAAGAACCGGAACCUGUUCCAAAGGAAAAGACAAAGCCUGAAACUGUUCCUAAAGAAGCUGAAGUUUCCACAGAGAAGGCUAAACAUAUCCCAGUCAAGAAAGAACCUGAAGCAGCAGCAAAAGUAAAGGCUAAACCUGAAUCUACUCCAAAAGAAAAGGCUAAACUUGAACCAAAGAAAGAGGAUGAUGUUUCCAAGGAGAAGGUUAAACAAGUCCCAGUCAAGAAAGAACCUGAACCUGCUCCAAACGAAACAGCAAAACUUGAACCUGCUCUAAAGAAAGAGACAGAAGUUGCAAAGGAGAAAGCUAAACCUGUACAUGUCAAGAAAGAACCUGAACCUACUCCAAAGGAAAAGACAAAACCUGAGCCUGCUCCAAAGAAAGAGGGUGAAGUUUCCAAGAAGAAGGUUAAACCAAUUCCAGUCAAGAAAGAACCUGAAGCUGCUCCAGAAGAAAAGGCAAAACCGGAACCUGCUCUGAAGAAAGAGGCUGAAGUUACCAAGGAGACGGUUAAACCAGUUCCAGUCAGGAAAGAAGCUGAACCUGCUCCAAAACAUAAGCCUGCUGAGAAGAAAGAGGCUGAAGUUGCCAAGGAAAAACCUAAACUAGUCGCAGUGAAGAAAGAACCUGACACAGCUCCCAAAGAAAAGGCAAAACCUGAACCUGCUCCAAAAAAAGAGCCUGAAGUUGCAAAGGAGAAGGUUAAAUCAGUCCCAGUAAAGAAAGAACCGGAACCUGUUCCAAAGGAAAAGACAAAGCCUGAAACUGUUCCUAAAGAAGCUGAAGUUUCCACAGAGAAGGCUAAACAUAUCCCAGUCAAGAAAGAACCUGAAGCAGCAGCAAAAGUAAAGGCUAAACCUGAAUCUACUCCAAAAGAAAAGGCUAAACGUGAACCAAAGAAAGAGGAUGAUGUUUCCAAGGAGAAGGUUAAACAAGUCCCAGUCAAGAAAGAACCUGAACCUACUCCAAAGGAAAAGACAAAACCUGAGCCUGCUCCAAAGAAAGAGGGUGAAGUUUCCAAGAAGAAGGUUAAACCAAUUCCAGUCAAGAAAGAACCUGAAGCUGCUCCAGAAGAAAAGGCAAAACCGGAACCUGCUCUGAAGAAAGAGGCUGAAGUUACCAAGGAGACGGUUAAACCAGUUCCAGUCAGGAAAGAAGCUGAACCUGCUCCAAAACAUAAGCCUGCUGAGAAGAAAGAGGCUGAAGUUGCCAAGGAAAAACCUAAACUAGUCGCAGUGAAGAAAGAACCUGACACAGCUCCCAAAGAAAAGGCAAAACCUGAACCUGCUCCAAAAAAAGAGCCUGAAGUUGCAAAGGAGAAGGUUAAAUCAGUCCCAGUAAAGAAAGAACCGGAACCUGUUCCAAAGGAAAAGACAAAGCCUGAAACUGUUCCUAAAGAAGCUGAAGUUUCCACAGAGAAGGCUAAACAUAUCCCAGUCAAGAAAGAACCUGAAGCAGCAGCAAAAGUAAAGGCUAAACCUGAAUCUACUCCAAAAGAAAAGGCUAAACGUGAACCAAAGAAAGAGGAUGAUGUUUCCAAGGAGAAGGUUAAACAAGUCCCAGUCAAGAAAGAACCUGAACCUACUCCAAAGGAAAAGACAAAACCUGAGCCUGCUCCAAAGAAAGAGGGUGAAGUUUCCAAGAAGAAGGUUAAACCAAUUCCAGUCAAGAAAGAACCUGAAGCUGCUCCAGAAGAAAAGGCAAAACCGGAACCUGCUCUGAAGAAAGAGGCUGAAGUUACCAAGGAGACGGUUAAACCAGUUCCAGUCAGGAAAGAAGCUGAACCUGCUCCAAAACAUAAGCCUGCUGAGAAGAAAGAGGCUGAAGUUGCCAAGGAAAAACCUAAACUAGUCGCAGUGAAGAAAGAACCUGACACAGCUCCCAAAGAAAAGGCAAAACCUGAACCUGCUCCAAAAAAAGAACCUGAAGCAGCAGCAAAAGUAAAGGCUAAACCUGAAUCUACUCCAAAAGAAAAGGCUAAACUUGAACCAAAGAAAGAGGAUGAUGUUUCCAAGGAGAAGGUUAAACAAGUCCCAGUCAAGAAAGAACCUGAACCUGCUCCAAACGAAACAGCAAAACUUGAACCUGCUCUAAAGAAAGAGACAGAAGUUGCAAAGGAGAAAGCUAAACAUGUACAUGUCAAGAAAGAACCUGAACCUACUCCAAAGGAAAAGACAAAACCUGAGCCUGCUCCAAAGAAAUAGGGUGAAGUUUCCAAGAAGAAGGUU